GUCGGCACAAGACAGUAGGGUUCGAGGAUAUCUCGAGGCUCAGCAUCCAGCUUUCAGGAUGUCAUGGUAUACUCGCCCCUUGUGCGGGCUCAGGUCAGGCUUCAAGGUCAUCGACACCCGAUCGACCCUCCCAAAAGCCUACGGGUCCCGUGCCAUCUCCCGGUUAACUCACCAUAACCGUACCACUGUCAUCACCAAGCCCGCGACGAUUUUAUCGCCGUCAGACGGUGUCAGGACGAAACGAUGGGAACAUGGUUCUCGUAGUAUACCGAGUCAAAAACGGGCUUCGUCGACCUAUACAAAUAUCGCCCUCCUGCUCGUACUGCCCUCAACGUUUUACCUCUUGGGGAGCAUAUACCCACCCGCAACCCUCUCAUUACUCUUCCCACGGAAGGCUCCUGCACCGAUGCGUGUCGAAACCCCUGAAGGUCAGGCUCACGUUGAAAGACUCGAACAGGAGAUCCAAAAGUUGGACCUCGUUCAGCAGUUACGUGAAAAGACAGCUGGAGGUGAUGCGGCGGAAUGGUACGAGUGCCGCCCUGCCUCCAAACCGAUGCACGAACACUCGCUCACGUCAUCCAUCCUGCGUGGACCCGGAAUGCUAGCGGUUCCUCCCCUGGCGUUUGUAAAGACGGACGAAUCGGAAGCGGUCCUGAUCUUGCAUCUCGGACGUAGUCUUUGCGGUCACGAUGGUAUCAUUCACGGUGGAAUGAUUGCCACCAUCUUUGACGAGGCUUUGGGUCGAAAUGCUCUUCUUAAUAUCCCUUCAAACAUUGGAGUUACCGCGACGCUCAACAUGCAGUACAAGAAGCCCACUAAAGCUGAUCAAUUCGUUGUUAUCCGCACCAAGUUCGACAGCGUCAAUGGACGCAAGGUCAAUGUGAGCGGCACAAUGGAAGAUCUCCAGGGUGAAACGUUAGCAAUGGCGCAAGCAAUGUUCGUCGAGCCGAGCUAUGCGAAAUACCUGAGUAACAGCGGAGUCGCCGCGGCACUGGGUCGCCGGCCAGAAAUCCUCGACACGGCGGGCAGGUUGAAAGACGAGAAGAAGAUAGAUGCGUAACGGCUUCUCGUAUGCUCGAUUUUUCAGACGCCAAUUAUACAUGUUGUUACAACCAAUCAUAGACAUAGACAGGUACGAACGCUACAGAUAUGCA